AUGGCGGCAAUAGAGAGUCUCCUCGACAGAGAAGUAGUUCGUGAACUCGUCAAGAAUAGUCACAGGACAUUCGAGGAGAUUUCAGAAGUUUUGCAAGCAGAGUUUCCUAAUAAACGAGGGCUUAGUGUUAAAAGUUUAAAGCGUUACUGUCACAUGCAUGAGAUAAAAAGACGACAAAAGGUAGCAGAUAACGAACUGGAUGAGGUAGUGAAGUCUGCUGUUGAACAGGUGAGCCUGCUUUUAUUUCCUUUGGAGUCGUGUUUUGGCAACCUGAUGAUUUUUUUGCUUUUAUGUUUUUCUUUGGUGAAAACUUUGCUACGUUUAACGUUGUUGGCUUAAAUUUAUACUGGUUGGCCCGGUUUUUGGUCGUAAAAUGAUGAAAGGCUACAUAGGUGCAGUCUUGGGAACACCAAUUGCCUGUGAGGCAAGAAUUGGCAGAUCUCUCUCUCGUGUCGACCCAGUGUAUCAACAAAAACGAAGGAGUGACACUGUCCGCCUUCUGAAUCCAGUUCUGUACACCGCAGCGUAUUAUGGCCACAAGUUACAUAUAGAUCAAAACGAGAAACUGGCUAUGUUUGGGGUGACCCAUGUUUGCGCUAUUGAUGGUUAUUCUAAAUACAUUCCUGCAUAUUGCACGAUGUCGGUCAAAAAUAACCUGGUUAUUUAUGAGAACAUAUACAGUUCCGUACACCGCAGCGUAUUAUGGCCACAACUUACAUAUAGAUCAAAACGAGGAACUGGCUAUGUUUUGGGGUGACCCAUGUUUGCGCUAUUGAUGGUUAUUCUAAAUACAUUCCUGCAUAUUGCACGAUGUCGAUCAAAAAUAACCUGGUUAGUUUUGAGAACAUAUACAGGUAAAAAUAUAUCGUCUCUGUGAAAUAGUUGUGUUUUGUGUGUUUGUUGGGGGGGGGGGUGCUUGGUGCUUGGUCGGACAAGGUGAUCCUAUCCAACAAUUGCGUGUCCAAACUUUCGGUAGUUCAAAGAUGGGAGGUCUUGAGGUAAAAUUCAUAGUUCCUUUUUUGGGACACUGAUAAUGUAAAUAAUUUGAUUGAUUGAUUGAUUUUUUUCUAUUUCUAUCAAAGUAAGCUGUCUUUAUAUUAUUUUGUACAGUGAACAUGCUUUUUCAUGAUAAUGAGGUGUGUAGUCUCCUAGUGCCUCCUACCAAAGAAGUGUGUAGGGCUUGUUGACUUAAAAAAAAAAUGUUACUUAAUACUGCUUGUCACUUACAGGUUUAUUGCCACAGAGGAAGGCUUAUUUGAUCAGAUCAGGGUUGAUCAUGGUAAAGAAUUCUACCUUUCCUUAUUUGUCCAAAAACAGCUAGCACAUUUAAGAUAUAAUCCACAGAGACUCUCACCGACAAACUACAUCAAAGAAGGUAAGUGUCAAUUCUAGGUUUUUGUUACCUGUACCACUUUUGUUACCUGUAACCACAGUCGUGCCAGAAAGUGCAUUUUUUAUAAAAAAAAAAAAAGGUUAAAACACUUUUGGGGAUUAUUGCCUGUGAUUCAACCUACCAACGCAACGCCAAACCUACCAACGCAGUCACUGAGGACUUGUAAACAUUAAUGUAGAAUUUCCUUUUUUGCAAACUUUUGUAAUUAAAACUGUUAAUUCCAAGUAACAUUAGAAUCUACCUCACUCACUGUCAGUCUGUAAUUAUAUUCAUGAACAUUCUACUGGUUUACCUAAAUAGCACAGAAUGCAGAAGGUUUGAUUUGGAGACCUGUGUAUGGAUCCUUGAACUCAAAUCUCAUCCCUAUAACAAUCGUAACAACCUCAGUCAUUGACCUAAAUCUGCAAACUAAUCCCAGCACACAGAAUGUAUUUGUAACAUGAGAGUUGUCAAUUGUACUUUAUUCGACACAAUUUUUGUGCGCUAGAAUUUGUCAGUUGA